UUAAUGCACGAUACAUUCAGGAGACAACUAAGUGUGCUUCUAUUAUAUGUAAACUAGCGUGCAACAAUUAUAUAUAUAUAUUUGCUUCAUAGAUAGUAUUUGUCCGUGUACUUUCAACAAACUUUAUCGUUCUUUUUGUAUUUGACGUAAUUUACUGAAAAUGUGACUGGACUAAUUAAUAAUGUUGCCUGUUUUGAUGUUAUAAUCUCUAUACUUGCCUAAAUCUAUCAGUUAAAAGCAUAGUUUACUCAAUUCUGUCAUUUACGCUCGUGUUGUUAAAACUUGUAGGAAUUUCAAAUGAAAUGUUUGGCGGAAUGACAGCGUCAGUCUCCAUUCACCGUCGCUGUAAGUAAAGUUGCAAUGAAAGUGAAUGGAGACAGUGAAAGAAAGACUUGCAGGUUUGGAGCGAGUAAAUGAUGACAGAAUGUGUAUUUUGAGGUUUAAUGAGGAUGGUGUGUAUCAGAGCUGAUACUCUCGUCUAGUACAGGUGGCCUGGUGUCGUCGAGUUGCUGAAUGAGGAAAAUGAAAGUAACCUCUGCGGGUGGCGAAGUAUCAGUUUACUCAGACAAACGUUUUGGUGUUUUGUUUCUGACUGUCAAAAGGAGAUUUGUUUGAUCAAAUGUAAAGAGCUGCAGUACAAGCUGAUAAUGGAGCUUCCAAAGUCGAGCAGUAAAGGAUCCAGCCGUAGAAUCUGCAAGCAUACAGACAGCAACAAGUUCCAAAGAGACAGAAGGAACUAUCUGGAACAGACUUUGGAGGAAACCUGCUCACCACAAGCCACAGAGAUCAGCAGUCAUUUACAAUGUAGAGAAACCAGAUCAAAUUCCCUCACAGCCGACAGAGUAGACAAUCCUUCAGAAUCCAAAGCAGGGUUCAUCACUUCUCUACAGCCUCUGAAGAUCCAGUGUAGUCCAUCUCAGGCCCCUCGACCUCCCACCCUACAGGAAUGUGAGGUCAUCAUACGCCAGCUGUACAACGCUAACAGCCUGCAGUGCCAGGAGGUGAGAUCAUAUUUCUUAAUGCCUCUCGAUAUAUUACAUAACCUAUUUGAAUUUGUCUCCUCUCAGAUCCAACGUGUGAAAGCUGUUCUCAAAGAUAUUGUAUUCAACAAGAAAAUAACUGCAGAGAAUUACAUUUUGACCAAGGCCUAUCUUGCUGAUGGUAAAAGAGCUGACGAAUCAGACACAUUUCCUCAGCUUUCUCUCCAAACACUGCCCAAAGGACUACCUGUGUCACAGGCUAGAAAAGCAGAGAAAGUGAUCCUCCCUGCCCUCAAACAGCCCCUCAAUAACAUAGCAGACAGACACAGGAGGACUCAGGCUGUGCAGAGACGUCGUCUACAGAGGACUAUGCGCUGAUGGACCGGUCA